GAGGCGGUGCAUAGCUUUAUCAGGACCAAAGUUGAGUAUAUUUAGAGGGGAUAUGAAGGAUAAAGAUCUUUUUCGCUUGGAGUUAAACAAGAUGAAGACACACAUGCUUCUCCUGGUCUUGCUGCAGUGUCUGGUGUGCACAGGCAUCCCACUGUACAGCCCUGAACUCAAGUCCAUGGCAAACAGGGGUCUUGGUGCCGCCCUGACAGAGGUCAACUCUGCAUAUGCCGUUAGCCAUCUCUUCCGUGUGACCCAAGCCUCCAUCAAGAAGGUCAUACCCAGGGGCUUGGGCAUUGCUGACUUGCUGAUGGGAUUUGGCAUCAAAGAGACCGAAUGUGCACAGACGAGCAGAAACGACCCACAGACAUGCGCCUUCAGGCUUGGCUUCUUUGUGCCCACCUUUUCCUGCUCUGCUCGGGUGCAAGUGUCUGCCACUUUAACCCAGGUGAUGUCUCUCAGAUGUGGCCACGGUGGCAGCUCCUCCAGCUCAGAGUCAAGUGAGGAGAUGUUUUCAAGAGGACGUCUUCCAUUUGCACACAGAGCCCCACCUCCUCCUCCUCCUCGUCUUCCUCCUAUCUACUCGGGAAGCACCGUCCAGAGUCAGACGAUGGAACCUCGACCCAGAGAAGAAACCUUCAGCAACUUCCUGGAGUGAAAAUUCAGCUCAGUCUGGCUACAGUUUUAGGUGAUCAGAAGACAAAACUUGAAUUAAAAAUUUGGUUUUGACUCACAUUUCAUAGUAUUUUAUUUAAAUUUUAUUAGCAGGUUUAAUAAAAUGCCAUUUUUUUUCCUCAAUCACACAUUAAAAUGAAUGUACUUGUAGUGCAGAGUAUGACCACUAGAGGGAGUAUGACAACAUGAUUUCACACAAACGUAGCUCUAAUUUUUAUAAAUAAAAGGUGAUAAUGCUUGAAAUGAUUAAA